GCAUACGUGACACCGCCCAGGGGGCAGAGCGUGUUGAUCCGCCAUCGAUCGAAACGCCGAGCGGAAGGAACGGGGGCACACCAACAGCUGAGAAAAGUUAAAGGAGGAGUGCCGCCGUUUCGAUACACACUGUGAGGCUUGACGGGGGUUUGCCCCACUUUUUUUUUUCACACCGCGACAUGGACGCUUUGAAAUCCGCCGGAAGAGCGAUAAUACGCAGCCCCAGCAUCGCCAAACAGUCGUGGGGAGGCGGCAGACAUAAAAAACUUCCUGAAAAUUGGACGGACACGAGGGAGACCCUCUUGGAGGGCAUGGUGUUCCAGCUCAAGUACCUGGGGGUCACAAUGGUUGAGCAACCUAAAGGAGAAGAGCUGUCUGCAGCUGCUGUCAAGAGAAUAGUGGCCACAGCCAAAGCCAGUGGGAAAAAACUCCAGAAAGUCACCCUAACAGUCUCCCCUCGCGGAAUUAUCCUUUACGACAGUGCCUCCAACCAGCUGAUAGAAAACAUUUCCAUUUACAGAAUUUCUUAUUGUACAGCAGACAAGAUGCAUGACAAAGUGUUUGCCUACAUCGUCCAGAGCCAGCACAACGAGACUCUUGAGUGUCAUGCCUUCCUUUGCACAAAGAGAAAAGUGGCACAGGCAGUAACCCUAACAGUGGCGCAGGCUUUUAGAGUGGCGUUUGAAUUUUGGCAGGCUGCCAAAGAAGGGAAGGAGAAGAGAGUGAAGUCUGGUUCAGAUGGUGAAGGCGCCAACAGCUCCCAGUCGGACAGCUCGGCAAGCCUUGGCAGCCUGAAGGGAGGAGAGGUAGCCACAACAAAACUCUUGGAUUUGACGGAAGGGACAGGUGUAGCUUUGGUCCACUCAGGAACAAUAGAAAUGGAAUCAAAUCCCAUUAUGGUGCAUAAAUGUGCAACGGAGAACAACAAUACAGUAUGGGAACUUGAGGACGGCCUGGAUGAGGCUUUCUCAAGCCGCAGUCUGGAUAGCUUUGAAUCCUGCUCAGACUCGCUGAGUCUCGCACUAACCCCCAGGUCCUGGACAUUGGGGUAAACCCUCAGGAUUUUACCACUGACGAGUGCCUGUCCCCAGGCAAAUGGGACCAAGAGGACAUGGACUUCCCCGCACAAAAAGACUCUCUGGGGUUCUAAAUAAAAGCCUCCUCCAAGAUUGUGACCGCCGGCGGGGUCUCCGCCCGCUACCCUGCAGCCCAUUGAGGUCCUCUGGUUCGGACCGAUGUCUCUCAGGUGCUUCUGCAUCUACUCAACCAGUGGUUGACAUGAGCAGGCUUCAACAGGCCAAAGCAAUAACAAAUGUUUAUCGUUUGUAUAACAAUAUGUUACAGUCAGUGUAUCUUUCCUAUUCACAUCUCUUUAUCCAC